GGAAAAACUGAUCAAAACAAUUUAGUAGGAACUACAAUGGAAAAACAAAGCGUUCGAAAUAUGGUUCAAAAGUAUAAAGUAGAAAGAUAUUUGUGAAGGAAUACUGGAAUUCAAGUUUGAGAAGACAUUAAGUCAUGUUAUAUGAAAUCUUCAACCAUUUAUCGGGGUUGUUAGGCGGAGCCUAACCAAAUAUUUGUCACCUUCUUACGUAUUUCAGACAAACCAUCGAUAUUCUCAUAGACCGAUACCACGUUUCGGUUUGGCCACCUCUAACUUUUUUCUAACCUAUUCUUAUACCAUCAAACGUUUCACGUCCAGUGAAUUGCAGUUCAAAGAAUUAGAUAUUUUGAUUGACUUCAAAUUGUUAUCUUCUAUGAAUCGUACAAGAGCUUUACAUUUUGUUUUCAAAGUGGCUAAUCGUAAUGAAACAAUUGAUUUUUACAAACGAAUUCUUGGAAUGAAGGUGUUACGACAUGAAGAAUUUACUGAAGGUUGUAAGGCUUCAUGUAACGGACCAUAUGAUGGGAAGUGGAGCAAAACCAUGAUAGGUUAUGGACCUGAGGAUAAUCAUUUUGUUGUUGAGUUGACUUAUAAUUAUGGGAUUGGUGCUUAUCAACUUGGUAAUGAUUUCCAGUAUAUUCGUAUUCAUAAUAAGGAUGCAUAUUCAAGAAUUAUCGGUGGAUCAUGGCCUAUCAAAUUUAAAGAUUCGAAUUCAGUAAAAGUGGAAGCUCCUGGUGGAUAUGCAUUUUGGGUGCAUAACUGUGAUAGUGACGGGGAUCCAGUUCAAAUGGUGGCUUUAUCUACAUCAAAUCUCAAACGAUCCACUGAUUAUUGGUCCCAUAAACUUGGUAUGACACUUGUUUCAUCUAGCUCAGAUGAAGCGGUGUUUUGUUAUUCACCAAAUCAGUGUAGUUUAAAACUGAUUUCCAUUCAAAAGCCGAUUGAUCAUGCCAGCGCAUUUGGCCGUAUAGCUUUUGCAUGCCCAAGUAGUCAAUUACCAGUCUUACAACAAACAAUGGAUUCACAAAAUGAAACAAUUCUUACUCGUUUAGUCAGCUUGGAUACACCAGGAAAAGCUACUGUCCAAGUGAUUAUUUUAGCUGAUCCAGAUGGUCAUGAAAUCUGUUUUGUUGGAGAUGAAGCUUUUAGACAAUUGUCACAAGUAGAUUCCCAAGCAGAUCAUUUACUACAAUCAGCUAUAGCUUCAGAUAAAAGUGAUGAAUGGUUUAAUAAACAUGGUGGCAAGACAACAAAAUAAAAUGACUGUUUUCAAUUCAUUGAAUCUUGUGUCUAUGGUAUUAUGAAUUGUCAUGUGUGGAAUGUUUGUUUGUUUUGUUUAUAUAAUAUACACUUUUAUAUAACAUUCUUUUAGAUUAUUUAAACAAUCAUUCAUUGAAUAGUAAGAUAUAAUUUCUAUAACAGUAAAAUAUAUUUAGACUCAA